AAAAAUUAAUUUAUAUUUGUACGUGCGCCGCGAUGUUACAUUAUUUUGUGCGAAAGCCGGAAAUAUUUUUAAUUGAGAAAUAACUAUUCUUAUUCAUUUAAAUGAUAAGCCAUACGAUACCGACAAACACAUGGAAAAGAGAAACUGAUAAAAGAUGUUUCCAAAAAUCCAUCAUAAUGUUGCCGAGAGCCUUUCCCCUAACAUUUCUGAGAAUUUUAAACGGAAAAAAUCAACAAUUUUCUCGCACCAUUGCCACAUCAUUGGCCAAGACAGAGCAAAAUAUUGAACACACCGAACACGAUGGGCAACAAUGGGAUGCAUUUACAAAGGAAUUUAUGGAGAAUCGCAUCGAAAUGAACUCGUUUCAGAAGAUAUUGCUGGGAGCUGGCUCUUCCAUUGCAGCUUUGGUGGAUCCACGAAGACAUGAUAUGAUCGCCUGUUUGGGCGAAACAACAGGUGAACAUGCAUUGCAACAAAUUUUGCACACUAUGAGAGCCAGCGAUGAAGGUCAACGUAUAUUGCAACAGAAGCCACGUAUCAAUACGCGCACAGUUAAUCUCGAGAGAUUGCGUCAGUUGCCGGACAACACAUUCGGAAGGGCAUAUGUACAGUUUUUGGAUGACAAUCAAGUCACUCCUGACUCUCGCAUGGAAGUUCGUUUCAUGGAUGACCCCGAAUUGGCCUAUAUUAUGACCAGAUAUCGAGAAUGCCACGACUUGGUUCAUGCCAUACUCGAUAUGCCAACAAAUAUGUUGGGCGAAGUUGCUGUUAAAUGGGUGGAGGCUUUGAAUACGGGUCUGCCGAUGUGUUAUGGUGGUGCCGUUUUCGGUGCUUUGCGUUUGCGACCAAAACAACGCAAGCAAUACCUAUCCACAUAUUUACCCUGGGCCAUUAAGAAUGGCAAAGAGGCCAAACCUUUGAUGUCUGUUUUCUGGGAGGAACGUUGGGAACAAGAUGUCAAUGAAUUACGCCAGGAAUUACAAAUAACAACAUUAGUAAAAGCCAAGAAACAGUAAAUAAAAAUAUUAAAAUGAAUGCAGAUUCUUGUUACUAUUAAUUAUAUUAAUAUACCCAUAAAUGUGUUAAUGUAUAUAUUCGGCCUUGAAAUUAGGUCUAGUAAAAAGCAAGUUUGUUCGAAAA